UUUCCAGGUCUCGCCGAACACGUAACCAGAGCCGAUUCCAAAGGACGGGCAACAGCCAAAUUCGAUCAUGUUUGUUUGUGCCCUCCCCUGCGGACGCGGAGUGAUGUGAAUCGGCAAUGUAGGCAGCAGAACCCGUCGCCUCCGCCAAAUUCGCCUUCGCCGCAGCAGCAGCAGCAGCAGGAGCAGUCGAUGCGCCGGACCAGAACGACACGGUUACAGUUACAGGAAACGUCUGCAGCAGUUCCAUCUCAUCUGAGUUUCAGGCUCUGAUUGUCCAAACGCAAUUCUUGUAUGUUUGUAUCGAGAACUGUGUAUGGACAUCACCGCUUGGGAUCGAUUCCUCCUUUAAACAUCAACAUCAGAUUAAC